ACCAAACCAUCAACGGCGGCAGGCCCAUCCAUACUUCCCUCUCUCACUCUCUCUCCUCAGUCACAGCAGCCAACCGGAACCCGACGCACUCCGCUCACUUUCUCUUUCUCCACCAGCGUGGCCGCUUCCCCGUACCCUUCUCCUCUCUGGACAUCGCCCUCUCGCUUUAAAACCGCGGCGAGCAAAGGGGGGCCAGAUAAAUCCUUGGGCUCGUAGAUUAAAAAAGAAGCCUGCCUCUCCUGGUUUCUGCCUCUCCGGUGUCGAACCCUACUUCUUUCUUCUUCCUCUUCGCUCGUUGCGUUCUUCGGUGUGUGGUUUUUGGGUGCCAUGGCUCCGUCGCCGCUGCUCGAGAAUGGAGGGGUGAUCCCCGGGAAGCCGUCGGCUACCGGCCGGUUCGCCGAGGUCUACAGCGACUUGCAGAAGCACCGGCUCGACUUCCCCCUCCCUAUCCCUGCUGUCCUGAGCAAAUCGUUGCAGAUCGUCGAAGGUCCCGCUAGCUCCGCCGCCGGGCACCCGGAGGAGAUCCAGAAGCUGUUCCCCACGCUCUUCGGGCAGCCCUCCGUGAAACUCGUUCCUAGCGAUGCUCCGGCCGUCAGAUCGGAUCUGGGCCUGAAGGUCGGCGUUGUCCUCUCCGGUGGACAGGCACCCGGCGGACACAACGUCAUCAGCGGCAUCUUCGAUUAUAUGAUGGAUAGGACAACGGGGAGCACCGUGUAUGGCUUCAAGGGUGGACCCGCCGGGAUCAUGAGAUGCAAAUACGUGGUUCUGACUCCGGAGUAUAUCUACCCUUACCGCAAUCAGGGUGGGUUUGAUAUGAUCCGGAGUGGGAGGGACAAGAUUGAAACCCCCGAGCAGUUCAAACAAGCUGAAGAAACAGCAAUCAAGCUCGAUCUUGAUGGGCUUGUGGUUAUUGGAGGUGAUGAUUCAAAUACUAAUGCUUGCCUACUUGCAGAAUAUUUCAGGGCUAAAAAUUUGAAGACCAAGGUGAUCGGGUGCCCAAAGACCAUUGAUGGUGACUUGAAAUGCAAGGAGGUUCCUGCAAGUUUUGGAUUUGAUACUGCUUGCAAGAUUUAUGCAGAAAUGAUUGGAAAUGUGAUGGUUGAUGCACGAUCAACAGGAAAAUAUUACCAUUUUGUGAGGCUCAUGGGUCGUGCUGCUUCACACAUUACUCUUGAAUGUGCUCUGCAGACUCAUCCCAACAUCACACUCAUAGGAGAAGAGGUGGCUGCUAAACAGUUAACACUGAAGAAUGUUACAGACUACAUAACAGACAUUAUCUGCAAGCGGUCAGAACUCGGUUACAACUAUGGCGUCAUUCUUAUUCCAGAAGGCCUGAUUGAUUUUAUCCCAGAGGUGCAAAAGCUGAUUGCUGAACUGAAUGAAAUUUUAGCUCAUGGUGUUGUUGAUGAAGGUGGCUUGUGGAAGGAAAAGCUUCAGCCCCAAUCUCGGACGCUAUUCGACUUUUUGCCAAUAGCUAUUCAGGAGCAGUUGCUACUAGAAAGAGAUCCACAUGGAAAUGUGCAGGUUGCCAAGAUAGAGACAGAAAAAAUGCUGAUCUCAAUGGUUGAAACUGAGCUGGCAAAACGAAGAGUAGAGGGAAAAUACGCUGGACAGUUCAAGGGGCAGUCCCAUUUCUUUGGUUAUGAAGGGAGAUGUGGCUUGCCUACGAAUUUUGAUUCUUCUUACUGCUAUGCACUGGGCUUUGCUGCUGCAGCACUUCUGCAUCACGGGAAGACUGGGCUCAUAUCCUCGGUUUGUAAUCUUGCAGCACCAAUUGCUGAAUGGACUGUUGGUGGGACUGCACUUACAGCACUGAUGGAUGUGGAGAGGCGUCAUGGUAAAUUCAAGCCUGUCAUCAAGAAAGCCAUGGUCGAGCUGGAUGGUGCUCCUUUCCGAAGUUUUGCAUCAAUGAGAGAUGAAUGGGCUCUUAAGAACCGAUACAUCAGUCCAGGACCUAUUCAGUUCCACGGCCCUGUGGCUGAUGCUGUUAACCAUACCUUGCUUUUGGAGCUUGGGGCUGAAGCCUGAGAUUUUGAGGGAUUAGUGGAUCAUUCUAAGAUGUCUGGUGCUUGCAUGGAAUAAAUUUGUAGUAAAAGUUGCUUUAUUAUGUUGCUCGCUCAUGAUGACUGAGUCUAGCGAUCAGUUUUCUUUUUUGACCAAUGUAGUGCCCUGUAGUGUGAGGAGAAGUUAGAUUUACCUUUUUGUUGUCAUGUUGGUCACAGAGGUCAUCAGGAAUGUUUUGGGAAGGGAACUUGUCGGGGCUCUAUGGAGUUCUGUUGGAACUAGAUAGCUUCUCCUUUUGUGAAAGUUGAGCUCAUGGACAUCUUUGUAACAUUCUUCCCUUGGUGGAGAGAUCUCUGAAUCAAAUUUUGUGACAGAGCAGGCUGGAUCCCCAGGUUAUAAUAAUCCAAGCUUUUUUCCCGUCUGUAAA